GUACUGUUCCCCCUUGCUCCUGAACCUCAUCUACUUGCCAUGGCUACCAAGGAGCUUAAGACUCUGACGCGCGAGGAGGUCGCGAAGCACAAUAAGGAGGGAGAUCUCUGGCUAGCCAUCGACGGCAAGGUCUACGAUGUCAGCAGAUUCAUGGGCAUGCACCCCGGUGGCGCCUCCGUCCUCCUCGACCCGGAAGUCGCCGGGCAAGACGCGACGGAAGCUUUCUACUCCCUCCACCGACACGAAGUGCUCCUCCGCCCCCAGUACCAGCGCCUGCAGAUCGGCGUGAUCGAGGGCGAGCGGAGCGUGAUCACUAGUCGUGUGCCGGGCGAGCUGAGCAAGGUCCCAUAUGCGGAGCCGACGUGGUUGUCGGCGGGGUAUCAUAGCCCGUACUACAGCGAGAACCACCGGAAGUUCCAGAAGGCGGUCCGCAAGUUCUUCGACGAGGUCGUGCAGCCGGAUGCGAAUGCAAGAGAAGCGGAUGGCAAGCGCCCGAGCCAGAGUGUGAUCGACGAGAUGGCCAAGCUCGGCUUGAUACACAUGCGCAUGGGUCCCGGCAAGCAUCUGAAGGGUCAGACCCUCAUGGGUGGCAUCGUGAAGCCGGAGGAAUUCGACUACUUCCACGAGCUUAUCAUCACACAAGAGUUUGCGCGCGUUGGGCAGCGUGGAUAUGGCGAUGGUCUCCUUGCCGGAACCGUCAUCGGCCUCCCGCCAGUGUUGAACUUCGGGUCCCCGGAGCUGCAGGCGAAGGUUGUUCCUGAGGUCUUGUCGGGGAAGAAGCCAAUAUGUCUCGCAAUCUCCGAGGCGUUCGCGGGAUCGGAUGUACAAGGCUUGCGCACCACGGCGACGAAGACCGAGGACGGCAAGCACUGGGUCAUCAACGGCACGAAGAAGUGGAUCACGAACGGCACCUUCUCGCACUACUUCACCGUCGGGUGCAAGACCGAGGACGGCUUCACGGUCAUCCUCGUCGAGCGCGGCGAGGGCGUGGAGACGAAGUCGAUCAAGACUAGUUAUUCCCCCACCGCCGGCACCGCGUACAUCACCUUCGAGAACGUGAAGGUCCCCGUGGAGAACACGCUCGGGCCCGAGGGCGGCGGCGUGUUCGUAAUGCUGAGCAACUUCAAUCACGAGCGCUGGGUGAUGAUCUGCUCGUCGGCGCGCUCGCAUCGGUUGGUGGUGGAGGAGUGUUUGAAAUGGACCAACCAGCGCAAAGCUUUUGGCAAGCCCCUGCACUCGCAGGCGGUCAUUCGCGCGAAGCUUGCGUCCAUGAUCGCGCGCGCGGAGAGCGUGCAGAACUGGCUGGAGAAUAUCACCUACCAGAUGAACAACAUGUCCUACAAGCAGCAGGCGUCGAAGCUCGCGGGGCAAAUAGGCUUGCUGAAGAUGUACGCGACGCGGACGGCGCAGCUGACGGCAACGGAUGCGGUGCAGAUCUUUGGUGGCCGCGGUGUCACGCAAUCUGGUAUGGGCUCUGCGAUCGAGCACUACCACCGCACGGUGCCCUUCGACUCCAUCCUCGGCGGAGCGGAGGACGUGUUGGGCGACUUGGGCGUGCGGCAGGCAAUUCGGCAAAUGCCGAAGGACGCCCGGCUUUAGGGUCGGUGGCUGUAUACCCACGAACUUGUACUUCAGUCUUCAGUACACUUUGUACCACUACUCUUGCAUCUAUACGGAACGUAUCCUUAUUUUCUUCAUAUCUUACUGGGG